CUUGAAUGCAGCAACGGGAUCCAGUAACAGCGACUCCAGAGAGAUUAGCAACAGACUGUCGCUUUUUUCGGGUGAUCGUCUGUGGAGUGUAUUUAACAGUAAUAGUUGACCUGUUAAUGUAGUUUACUGCUGAUAUUUUACACAUGAGUCCGAGGCUUCUAUAAAUCCGUUAGCAGGGGAACAUGACAUGUCAUCGGCUAAACUUAAUGCUGGAAUUCUUUAACUCGGCUGUAACGUCUGUGCUGCCGUUGCACUGAAGGAGAAGACGGGGUGAACGGCAACAGCCAACUGAAGUUUAUCACUCUUUCCUCGACAACAAAGGGGACUCUUUUCUUUUUGUGCGAUUAUUCGACGCCAUCGUAUGGUUCAAGGUCUCGGAAAGAUUUUGAAAUGCAAGGUGUACUAAUCAACGGGGUGUGCAUUGUAAAAGGACGUGGAUCACGGAGGAGAACCGUCUGAGUGACAUUGAUCAAGUGAUAUUCAGGACCUUCGCCUCGUCAAACCGCCGGCCUCAGAUUUGAUUAGGCCAACUAAAUGUAAAGGACAGCUUGGAUCAAGGCAGCAUGGACAUCUUUCCCCGGCCAAGCGGUGAAAUCCAGAGGAGGAACCCCCAGCAUGACUUUGAGCUCAUCCAGAGGGUGGGAAGUGGCACAUAUGGAGACGUGUACAAGGCUCGAAACAUAAAAACCGGGGAGCUCGCUGCUGUGAAGAUCAUAAAAUUGGAGCCAGGGGAUGACUUUUCCAUCAUACAGCAGGAAAUCUUCAUGGUGAAGGAAUGCAUGCACCACAAUAUUGUGGCCUACUUUGGGAGCUACCUCUGUCGAGAGAAGCUUUGGAUAUGUAUGGAGUACUGUGGAGGAGGAUCUCUGCAGGACAUUUAUCAUGUGACGGGACCACUCUCAGAGCUUCAGAUAGCAUAUGUCUGCAGGGAGACCUUACAGGGUUUGGGAUACCUGCACAUCAAGGGCAAGAUGCACCGCGACAUCAAGGGUGCCAACAUACUUCUUACAGACAACGGAGAUGUGAAGUUAGCUGACUUUGGAGUUGCAGCCAAAAUAACCGCCACCAUCGCUAAAAGAAAGUCCUUCAUUGGAACGCCUUAUUGGAUGGCUCCAGAGGUAGCAGCAGUGGAGAAGAACGGUGGCUACAACCAGCUGUGUGAUAUCUGGGCUGUUGGCAUCACAUCCAUAGAGCUGGCUGAGCUGCAGCCUCCAAUGUUUGACUUGCAUCCAAUGAGAGCUCUGUUUUUGAUGUCGAAGAGCAGCUUCCAGCCUCCGAAGCUAAAAGACAAAAACAAGUGGUCCACGGCCUUCCAUAACUUCGUCAAAGUGUCUCUCACAAAGAACCCAAAGAAGAGGCCCACUGCGGAAAAGCUUCUGUCGCACGUGUUCGUGGCCCAGACGGGUCUGACGAGGAGGCUCGCUCUUGACCUCCUAGAUAAGAUGAACAACCCAGACAACCACCAGCAUUACAGUGAGGUGGACGAUGAUGACCUCGAGCCCCUCUCUGCCGUCAGACACACCAUCCGCUCCACCAACAAGCAUGCCAGAGCUGAGAGGACGCGGUCAGAGAUUGACUCAAACAAUGGGACAGACCACGGAGGGCCAUGUUCAAGUCCUAGCUUCACUGAGGGACACAGGGGGGACGCAGUCGAUAAGCUGCAGUUCAAACCACCUCUCCGGAAGGAAACUGAAGCUCAUUCUGAAAUGGAUGUGGGUAAAGAUAAUGACUUCUCUUCUGCCUGGAGUCCGUUUGCAGAGGGAGGAAUAACAGCCAGGGGACACAUUGCCCACCUUGAAAACGCCUUUGAAGAAGUGGAACUGUCAACCCUCAAGCCAGGGGUUCCUCCUCCUCUGCCCCCAAAACCACGGUUAAACAGCUCAUCAGAGGAGAUUGGCCUUAAUGAUGAGAGGUCUCUGACGGUUCGGAGGUUCCCCAACUCUGAGAACGGACCGAGCCAGGUGGCUCGCAGACAGAGCACACCUGAGCAGGGCAACAAGGGAGAGCACUCGUCUCCAGAGUUCCUGUCUGUCAGCGUCAGCAGCCCCGGCCUUUUGUCUCACGCUUCUGAUCCUGAUAACGAUUCGGACGACAGUGUGAAUGGAGGCAGUCCCAAACCGCCACCCGGCCGACAGCAACGGAAGGAGAAGAAGGAAUUCCCUAAACCAGCCAUCAAUGGUCUGCCUCCCACCCCUAAAGUACUGAUGGGAGCCUGUUUCUCUAAAGUGUUUGAUGGCUGUCCACUGAAGAUCAACUGUGCCACAUCAUGGAUUCAUCCAGACACCAAAGAUCAGUACCUGAUCUUUGGGACGGAGGAUGGCAUCUAUACGCUGAACCUUAAUGAGCUGCAUGAAGCCACAAUGGAGCAGCUGUUCCCGAGGAAGUGCACAUGGCUGUACAUUAUCAACAACAACUUGAUGUCUCUAUCUGAAGGGAAAACCUUCCAGCUGUACUCCCACAAUCUCAUCGGGCUGUUCGAGCAGCUGAAGAAGCCCGGUCUGGCUGCUCAGUUCCAGACUCACCGUUUCCCAGACAGAAUUUUACCCAGGAGGUUUGCCUUGACAACUAAGAUCCCCGACACAAAGGGCUGUCACAAGUGCUGCAUUGUGAGAAAUCCGUAUACAGGCCACAAGUAUUUGUGUGGAGCUCUGCAGUCUGGGAUUGUCCUGUUGCAGUGGUAUGAGCCCAUGCAGAGGUUUAUGCUCAUCAAGCACUUUGACUUCCCUCUGCCCAGCCCACUGAAGGUGUUUGAGAUGCUGGUGGUCCCCGAGCAGGAGUAUCCUCUGGUGUGUGUGGCCAUCAGCCAGGGCUCAGAGCCGGGCCAGGUGGUCCGCUUUGAGACCAUCAACCUCAACUCCUGCUCCUCCUGGUUCACAGAGAUGGGAACAAGUAAUCAGCAGGUGGAUGCAAUCCACGUCACCCAGCUGGAGAGAGACACUGUGUUGGUGUGUUUGGACCAAAAUUUGAAGAUUGUUAAUCUCCAGGGCAGACUGAAGUCCAACAAGAAGUUGGCUUCUGAGCUCAGUUUUGACUUCUGCAUCGAAUCUGUUGUGUGCCUUCAGGACAGCGUCCUGGCCUUCUGGAAACACGGCAUGCAGGGAAAGAGCUUCAAGUCUAAUGAGGUGACCCAGGAGAUUUCUGAUCCAAGCAGAGUCUUCCACCUCCUUGGAUCUGACAGGGUGGUGGUCCUGGAGAGCCGACCCACAGACAACCCAACGGCCCUGAGCAACCUCUACAUUUUGGCAGGUCACGAGAACAGUUACUGAGCCUCUCCAAGAGCUGGGACAGUUCUUAGGAAAGCGGAGAAGAAGCCUCGCUUUUGGGAGAAAACUCCAGACUUUGACUCAAGGCUCUUUGUGUCAAGGGAAACGUCUGGUUUCAGUCAGUUUUUUGUUACUGAUCACGGGAUUGACAGGUCAGUACCAUUAAAAAAAAAACAACAACAACAAAAACGAGCCUCUUGAGUCCGGAUUCAUGAGUAGCCUUAACACCAGCGAAAACGUUCACUGUGCUCAUCGCGACACAACCAGGAAGCUGUCAUGAGCACAAUGUGGGGAAACCACAAAAUCUCAAAUGAACAUUAUUAUCCCAAACUUUUCUCACUUUUCUGUACUGAGGACUGAGUUACAAACAAGUUAUGUAGAGGUAUUAUUGACAAAAAGUGCCAUUAAAAUUCCCAAGAAUUUGUGAUUGUAUUAGCAAGCGAUGGGAGAUUUAUCGUGUUAUCGUCUGUAACGUGUCGCUCAUAAUCACUGCCGGUGGCAAACGUUAUUAAGCUUGAGAGGAGAUUUUACAAGCUCUGUAGGCAAACUAACAGAUCAGUUUAUAAACGGAAACCCACGAGCACUGUGGGCUAUUAAAGCAAUAUUUAUUAAUCUCACGUUAAAUAAUCGGGUGUGUUUGAUUUACAGACCCUGUUAACAGGCAGCGACUGUACAGUCCUGCUGUGUGAGGAUUAACUACCUAGUGAACAGUUCGGCUGUGUAAUAUAGUCGCAUCUCUCCUGCUCUGCAGCAUUUUUAGACGUUGGAUAUAAUGUAAAUUUUUUUUCUUUACCUUCCUCUUUUAUAGAUCUUUUACUUCUUAUUAUUUGCACCAUGUAAGCACUUUUGUACAUUUUCUUUUUUAUUUAAAAUAAAAUGACAAAAUGAGGGACGAUGCUAGGUUCUGUUAACAUCUUUGCAUUCCCUUCGCAAAAUGUUUAAUGUAUGCUGUUUUUGUAAUAAAAACAAAAGCUGUUGUUAACAAGA